AUGGAUAUUUUGGCCAAAAAUUUUGUGGCCUUUGUAACAAUCUUAGUGAUAUUGUUGUCAAUUAUGAGUUCAGUUGGUUGCAUAGGAGCGAAUUGGGGUACUCAGGCGACCCAUCUUUUGCCUCCACAGAUGGUUGUGAAGAUGCUCAGGGACAAUGGGAUUCAGAAAGUAAAGCUUUUUGAUGCUGAUGGAAGAAUACUGAAUGCUCUCAGUGGGUCUGGGAUUGAAGUCAUGGUUGGAAUUCCUAAUGAUAUGUUGUCUGGUUUAGCCAACAGUGUGGAUGCUGCUGAACAAUGGGUGGUCAGCAAUAUUUCUACCUUCAUCUCAACCUUAAAUGUUGAUAUCAGAUAUGUUGCAGUAGGAAAUGAGCCGUUCUUAUCCACAUACAACGGCACUUACAUUGGAACCACCUUCCCGGCUCUGCAGAACAUCCAGGCUGCCCUCAUUAAGGCCGGACUUGCCAACCGCGUGAAGGUUACCAUUCCUCUAAAUGCCGAUGUGUAUCAGAGUGCGACAUCUUCUCCCUCGACAGGUGACUUUCGUCCCAACAUCCACGACCUCAUGGUGCAGAUAUGUCAAUUCUUGAACGACAAUGGAGCACCUUUCACCAUCAAUAUCUAUCCUUUCAUAAGCCUUUACAAUGACCCAAACUUUCCAAUUGAUUAUGCCUUCUUUGAUGGUUACUCAUCACCAAUUAAUGAUAACGGGAGGAUCUACGACAAUGUAUUUGAUGCAAAUCAUGACACGCUUGUCUGGGCCUUACAAAACAAUGGAAUCACAAACUUAUCAAUAAUCGUUGGAGAAAUCGGAUGGCCUACUGAUGGCGAUCGCAAUGCAAAUCCACUGAAUGCUCAAAGGUUCAACCAAGGAUUCAUGAGGCACAUAUCUGGUGGAAAGGGUACGCCAAUGCGACCAGGUCCUGUAGAUGCAUACUUGUUCAGUCUGAUUGAUGAGGAUGCAAAAUCCAUACAGCCUGGUAACUUUGAACGCCACUGGGGAUUGUUCAACUAUGAUGGAACACCAAAGUACAAUCUCAGCUUGAACUCAAACUCCGCAGGCUUGAUAGGAGCAAGCAAUGUUCAACAUCUUAGUCGUCGAUGGUGCAUCAUGUCACCCAACGCAAGCGUUGAUGAUGCUCAAGUGGGUCCUAGUGUGAGUUAUGCUUGUUCACACGCAGACUGCUCCAGCCUCGGAUAUGAAACAUCCUGCGGGAAUUUAGAUGGGAAAGGUAACAUUUCCUAUGCAUUUAACAGUUAUUACCAAGAAAAUAAUCAGCUCCCGAUCGCCUGCCAAUUUCCGGGUCUUUCCGUAGUUACAACUACUGAUCCGUCACAGGGAGACUGUAAAUUCAAAAUUAUGAUCCGAACGAGCCCUUUAAUUGGAAGCGGGCACAAAAGCAAUACCUGGUUUAUACAGCAUGUCAACCUUAUGAUCCUUGUUCUGUUCAUUCUAUUAGGAACGACCCUUUAG